UUUGUAAAUAUUUAGAUGAAACCCGCCAUUGCAACAGCCGCAAAUGACGGAGAGACCGACGUCAUGGAAACAACAGUCAUUCUAAGUGGUCGUUCCUCUUCAUGCGAGGACAACGGAACGACAGUUCAUCAACACACCAGCGGCGGGGGCACCACUGCAGCAUGUGAUGACGUGUUGGCCACUAUUCAAAUGGAAACUGAGAAGAUGCUGGCUAAUGUGGAUGACAACGAAAGCGGUGCACGAGGGAACAGUGGUCACACAGAGAAGGUGGGUGGAGAGAGAGAGGACGAAGAUGUUGGCAACGAGGGUCCUCACAGUGGAUGCAUUGUCAAAGAUGCAAAUGUGACAAAGACGAUGGCAGGAGAUAGAUACCCGUACGAUGUGAACUGGGUGCCUGGUCGUGUUCAGCCUGGUAUCGUUGGAGGUGUGGAUUGCUUUGCUUUCAAGAUGUGCAUGAGAUUGAGAGACCCUCUGGGUGUCCCUUUCCAGCUCACGUUCAUGGAUGGACUGCUGCGACACAUUCAGUACGCGGGUGAUGACGACGGUCGUGCUGCAAUCAACCCUCAACAAACAGCACAACAGCAGCAGGACAUUUCACAUUUCUCCUCUGAGGUCGACGCCCCGGAAACGACACAUGAUGGGGGAUGUUCUCACGCACAGCCCGACGACGGUGACACCCCUGUGGAGCAUGUGACAGGGAGGGAAGAGAAGAAGAAGAAGCAGUGCACGUCCAGACCGCCUCGUCAUCCCAGGAGUCCCACAAAAGCAAAAGGCAAAGAAAAGGUUGUCCCACGUAGAGGCGAAACUCCCAAAGCAGCCGCUGCCCCAGCUCCUAAGCGCAGGCGCCGCCCGGGGAUGGCAGCAUUGGCAGAGAUUCGGCAACUCCAACGAUCUACUAACUUGUACAUCGCUUUGAGGCCGUUUAUGAGGGUAGUGGGCGAGAUCGUCGAAACAGAUAUCGCACUGGGGGAGUCUAUGAGGUUUCAGAUGAGCGCCAUACGUGCGUUGAUGGAAGCGGCGGAAGCAUAUCUCAUCAACCAUUUCGAGAAAACGAACAUCAUUGCUAUCCACUGCAAGAGGGUGACGAUCCAGCUGAAGGACCUGAGGCUGGUUGAUAACUUGUCCAAGGCUCGCUGGGAAUACAGAUACCAAGGCAUUACCGACGAGCAGAAGAGAGCAGAAAAGCUACGGCAGAUGAAUGCUGCAAGGCAAGAGGAGAGAGAUGCGCGGGCGGGGAAGGGGCUGUCAGGGAAGACAGACCGCGCCACGUGACUUGCAUUUACUUGCUGUUAUCUGCGG